UCCGAGGGCGCUCGUUUGACCAAAAUUAUUUUUAGUAUCAAGAGGUCGUAGAGGUUGUGUUUUACUUGCGAAACAUCAACAACAGAUGGUACCAAAGGCGUAAUGAAAAAAUGUACCGUUUCUGAGAAACCAAAAGGUCACCUUACAACUACUUGAUGUAGCUGACAUCCGUGUCUUAGUGUGUCAUGUUUUCCUCAAUUUUCAAGAAAACACAGCAAUCGAGAGAAAACAAAAGAGCCUUUGAAAACCUUCAAAGAACAGUCAGUCUUGGAUAUGGAAGCCAAGAAGUAGAAGAUGAGAACCAGGAAGAGCAAGAUGGGUUCCUAAUGGUAGGAGAAACAGAAAAAGAAAGAAACACAAUCAAGCCAUUAGCAUUUCCUCCCUCUUAUGAGGAGCGCCAACAGUAUGCUCUGUGUUCUCAAGCAUCUCCUACAAUGACUGUUGAUCUAUAUGGUAGCUCUGCUGAACAGGCAUCAUCCCCAUCAAAUUCAUUCCAGUCUGGACGUAGUGCAACUCAGUCAUGCCAUACACCUGAUCAGUUAGCAAAUGCAUGUUCGGCAUUAAGUGGUGUACCGUUUAAACUUUCAUCAUCGGCAACUCUCAUUUUUGGUGGCACCAGUACACUUAGCGACAUGAGCAUCCCGUCACUAAAAACUUUUGAGCCAAAGAAAUUUGAUUAUGACUUCUCACAUGAACACUCGGUGGUAACAGGAGAUUUGUAGCGUGCAGCGUUUAUUGUCAGAUUGAACGUUUAUUCUUGAGAUUUGGAACUCUAGUGAGGCUGUAGCUGGCGAUUAAGGUGUACAGUACGUCUCUCAAUUUCCGGAUUUGGAAUUCCAGUUUUUGGGUCCAAAUUCUGUAUAAUUCCAGGUGAAUUUCCUAAGGCUCAUAAUGAGCAUUGUUUUUAACAUUGUUUGCUGCCAGGUACGUGAGUUCACAUCCGACAGGGUUGAUUCAGGCCACCAAUGGCGUGAGUUCAUGUCCGCACCUGUCCAACAAACCACUAUUAUAUUGCACGUACACUCGCUGGCAGUGGUCUCCAGAAGACAAACUCUCACCCUGGCAGCUUAGAGGACCCGGAAUUAAUGACCUAAAAAUAACUACCAUAUAUUUGUUCGUGUUUCACUACAGUUGAUGGAAAUAUGGAAAUGAUUUUCGUAUGGUGGCGCACUUUAUGCUUUGGCAUAUAGGAAGGGACUGGGAAAAAGACUUGGCAGUCACCAUGCUAAGAGCAUUGCAUAGGUCUAUCCUGCAAAAUUUUUUUUUUUUUCUCAUUGCUGCAAACAAUUAUACUUCCUUUGUUUCAUUUUACAUUCAAGAGUGAAUUUACCGUACUUGCGCGAAUAAACGCCUGGGCGCUUAAAAUAUUUUUGUGCACUUUUUGAGGGACGCUUAUUUAAACUGGGCGCUUAUGAAAACAGAGUGGAAAUUGAGGGGGCGCUUAUGGAAGUAGAUGAAAAUCGA